AGGUUCAUCAAAGAAAGGCCUUCACGCCCACACCGAGCGAAUUAGUUUAACCUUUUUCUUUCUUUUCGUAUUAUCUCCCUUCACGCUCUUACGCAGUCGACCCCAUGCAGCUCCGGCGCGCUACGAUGGAGGACAUGUACGAGAUGCAGCACAACAACCUGCGCUGCCUUCCAGAGAACUACAACCUCCGCUAUUACUACUAUCACCUGCUGUCGUGGCCACAGCUGCUGUACGUGCAGCAGGACUACAACCGCAAUACGGUUGGCUACGUGCUGGGGAAGAUGGAUGAUGAGGAGGAGAAGGAUAAGAAGCACGGCCACAUUACCUCGCUGGCGGUGCUGCGGUCGCACCGCAAGCUGGGCAUUGCGUCGCGUGUGAUGCGUGCGACCAUGAAGGAGAUGGACACCGAGUAUAAUGCCCAUUACUGCUCCCUGCACGUGCGCAAGACCAACGACGCGGCGCUCCACCUGUAUCAAGACACGCUUGGAUUCCGGUGUGCGGGGGUGGAGGAGAAGUACUACGUGGACGAGGAGGACGCCUACCACAUGAAGAAGUUCUUUCAUCAGCCGAACCCCGGCAUGUACGUGGACGACGUGAAGCGCCUCAUCCACAAAACCAUCCCUGGAGAGGCAAACGUAAACGCCGGUGGCGCCGCCGAUGCCGGUGCGUCAUCGUCGUCGGGCAACGUGCGCGGUGGAGAGAAGGGAAACACCAAAAAGACCGGCGGCGGCGCCGCAUCGGGCGACGCCUCAGCAAAGGAGCGGGAGGCGGCGAUGGCGGCGCUGCUGGAGAUGGACGAGGGCGGUGCGAGCCGCGGAGGCAAAGGCAAGGGCGGCGGCAACAGCGGUGCCGGCAACAAGAACAAGGCUGCGUCUGGCGGGAAGAAGAAUGGUGGUGGCGGCGGUAAAUCAAAGUGA